AUGAACCGCGGGAGCCAGAUGUCGAAGUUUAGAAUUUGUCUUUAUGGUCGCUCAUUUGGAUCAGCAAGACUGUUGAACACAGCUGCUUAUGAUAGCUCAAUUGCGCACCUUAAAGCCGAUCUCAAAAAAGCGAUGCAGGCCAAAGAUGAUGCAUCUAAGACCACGAUCAGAAGUGUCCUUUCUAGUGUGAAAAACUCUGAAAUAGAUGCUAAAGGCAAAACUCUAGAUGAAUUUGCAUUGGCCGACCUGUACACUAGACUUCUCAAUCAAAGAAAAGAGUCGAUCAACCAUUUUCUACAAAAUAACCGUGAGGAUCUAGCUCAAAGAGAGAGGUUUGAAACUCAAGUCAUUGAAAAAUAUUUACGUGCUUUACCGAUCGCGUCUCGUGAGGAGAUUGAUACCAAAGUUUUUAGCCUUCUUCAAGACUUGAAGUUGCAAACUCCAGAUAUGCAACUGAAGCAAAUAUUUGGUAAAAUUGACUGGCAGUCUAUGCCCUCCGAGUGGAAAGCAUCUGCUGCAACGAUUCGUAGCAGUAUUGCCGCCCAGUUCAAAAAGGUCUUUACAUGA